AUGACACUGCCGUUGAAAAUAAAAUCCAGCGUUUUAAAUCCCCCCAAAAAAUUCUCCGUUUUCGUUGUUAUCGGAUUAAUUUUAAUGGCGGCAUCCGGACUGGUGGUUUACUACGUGUUCUGUGUUCCAGCCCAACCGUUCACCGACAAUGCUGUAAUGGAUAACAAGGUCGAUGUUAGCGUUGUUUGCCCCCCACCAGUUGCUCCAACCAACUGCCCUGCCCCACCUGAUAAUUUACCUCUUUGCAAUUUCGCACCGACUUGUCCGCCCAUCCCUUGCGCCAGCGUUCCAGCUCAGGCAUGUCGACCAUGUCCAACUCAUCCGCCGUGCACUGCGUGGAAUUGCCAGCCGGUCACGUGUCCAACUGCGGCUCCGAAUCGCGUCCCAAACAUCAUUGGCAAUUUAUCGUCGUACGAGAUGACCAACACGAAAGCCAUCGAUUUGAUUCGACGCUACCCACCGAACUCGUACGAACGCCUACAAGUGGCCGUUCAACUCUUGGGUUUCAGCAUCGAAUGGUGGGUCAAUACGCUAACGGUGCGCAAUUGCCGUUUCGACAAGAGACGGGUCUGCACGUUUUGCAAGGAUCGCUAUCGGUACCUGCGCUGCAUUGUGGAAAACGAACUCGAUUCCAACAGAUACACGGACAGGGAAUCCGGUAAUGCCAACAGGAUUUACAUGUUCCAUGACCGCGACGGUCGCGAUUGGUUCCCGCCCAACUUCCGCCAUCGUGUGGAUCAUUCGACUAAGAAUGAGGCGUACACGGACAAGCAGGAUCCGAAUUACGAUGUGACGUACGGCAUGGAGACUGACACGUAUGAGCAUUUUUUCAAAACGCAAAAGGCGCUCAGCUUUUGGAUUGAUAGACCGGGCACGCCCAACAGGAGGCACUGCACACCUUGCGACGGGAACGAUUCGAUGGAGCACGUCAAAUGCACGACGUAUGCACAUUUUGAUUGGGCUUUGGACUGGUGGCCACCGCAUCAGUAGAUGUUUCUGUUUGCUCUUUUUAAUGUUGAAGACUAAAUAAACUGGAUAAAGUUGACAAUGUUUUUGAUUCAUCAAUCAAUGAUUUGCGCCAUUAAAACAGACGCACUGGGCUUCGAUGAAACCUAGCCUGUGUUUUAACCUAAUUUAGCCUAAUAUUAACCUAAUGUUAUCCGAAUCGAAUGAAUCAGAGAUAUCGGUACUUGGUGAAAAUUGGCGAGGCCAUACAUUCAGAACAGGAAGGGAAGG